AUGCCUGUCACCCAUGUCGUCAUGUUCAAGUUCAAGAACGACGUGCCUCCCAAAGAAAUCCAGUCUAUAGUCAGUCGCAUGCUCGAUCUAAAAAACCAGUGUCUUCAUCCGGGAACAUCCAGGCCGUAUAUCAUAUCCUUAAAAGGAGGCCGUGAGAACUCUAUCGAAGGGUUACAGGUAUCAGACGAUUUCAUCAGCUCCUAUACCGAAAACAGCGCGACCCAUAUCUUUACGAUGGAUUUUCAGACCUCUGAGGAUCGAGAUUACUACGUCAGAGCGGACCCUGCCCAUUUAUUAUUUGUCCAGAGCAUCGGAUCGGUUGUGGACAAAGUUCAAGUUGUUGAUUUUGCGGCGGGGGUUUGGUGA